CGUUGUCAACGUAGACUUAAGACUCAAGCUGUGCAGGAAAAUGAGGCCUUGUGACCACCAUGUAAAGCGGGUCCAAAUAUGGCCAACGCCAAAAUCUUGGGACUAUUUCAGUAAAAGCGCUGCUAAAGGCUGGUAUAGACAUCCAGGAGAGCUGCCAUGGCGAACCGGGGACCCAGUUAUGGACUGAGCCGGGAGGUCCAGGAGAAGAUAGAGCAGAAGUAUGACCCAGACCUGGAACUCCGGUUGAUAGACUGGAUACUAGCACAGUGUGGAGGGAAUCUAGAGAGACCGCAGCCGGGCAAAGAAAACUUCCAGAAGUGGCUGAUGGAUGGAACGAUCCUCUGCAGGCUCAUCAACAGUCUCUAUCCACGAGGGAAGGAGCCCAUUAAGAAGAUUCCAGAGACUCAGAUGGCCUUUAAACAGAUGGAGAAGAUCUCUCAGUUCCUGCAAGCUGCAGAAGCCUAUGGAAUGAUAACAACUGAUGUCUUUCAAACUGUGGACCUGUGGGAAGGAAAGGACAUGGCGGCGGUGCAAAGAACCCUUAUGGCUCUAGGUAGUCUUGCUCUCACCAAGGAUGACGGCCAUUACAAAGGUGACCAAGACUGGUUCCGCAGGAAAGCCCAGGGGUAUCGGCGGGAGUUCACCGAGGAACAGCUGAGGCAGGGCCAGAGUCUGAUCGGCUUGCAGAUGGGCAGCAACCGCGGUGCCUCCCAGUCUGGUAUGACGGGCUACGGCAUGCACCGCCAGAUCAUGUAGAUCCUCAGACACCAGCUACCCCACUCACCCACCUCUCCUCUACACUUUACUGGCUAAGGUCUCACAAAAUCCCGUGUCCCUAAAACCGUCCUACGCUUCGUACCUCUCGCUGUGUCAG